CUUUGUCAAUUAUUGUGACGUAGGAAUUAAAAAAUGGUUGUCGAUGAAGUCUUGCGAGAUUUUUCAAUUUAUUUUUACAUUUUUAAUUUGGUUCAGUUUCAAUGAAAAUUCCUAUAAAUCAUCAACAAACGAUUAUUUAAGAAGUUACAUUUCUGGAUAAAGCAAAAACAAAAAAAAACAGUGAAAUAUACACCUGGACCCCAGGUAUCAUUGGCAGCUACAGUGUUUAGUGAAGUCGAGUGAUUUUUUUUUUGUUGGUUGUUGAAAAGUAGAUGUGAAUUAAUGUGCUACUGUGUUAACAAAUGCAUAAAAUCGAGUAUCGAACAGAAUCAUGGACUAUGACAAUAGAGCAUCCGAGAGAUUAGUACAAAUGUCGUCUGACGAUGACAGUGAUGGUGAUUUGGUAACCGAUUAUUUGAGCUCAACCAAUGACGCUCAAGACAUAAACAGUAGCAAUAAGUCGUCGAAAUUGAUGGCACAGGGAAGUAAUGCUUCACAUAACAAUAACCAUCACAAUAUGGUGCCAAUAAUAAGUGUGACUCCUCAUAGUCCUGGUACAAAGUACAAUAACAUCUUAGAAGACACACUCAACCAACUACAAAGUAUACGAGAAAGCGUUGUUAAAAUUAAGAAUGCACCUAAUCGUAGCCCACAGUUCAUUUCAUCGAAUCAAAUUUCACUGUCUAACUCAUCAAGGCUGUUUUCAUCAUGUCCAUCAUUACCAGAUUUAACAGCUGCCAACAUAAAUAAUAUUUGGCCAAAUUCACAAUACAGCGGUUUGAAUAGUGACAGAAGAAAGUCGUGGACGGCUAUCGAAGAUUUGACCGAAUGUUCCAAGAAUUCGCAUAAAAGCGUUAGCCUAUCUAGUCUCGACAGUGAAGAACAAGAGUCUUUACGUGCCGCAGAGCGUUUGCAUAAUCGAAGCAGUCGCAACAGUACCGGUGGAAUAUCCACUCAUUCGCUAAAUGAGGCCGAAUUAGCUCGUGACUUCGAACGAAUCAAUGCAAAACGUAACCUUGCUCCACAAAUACCAUGUCGGAUACCACUUCAGAAAAGCAUUUCCACACCAUCGAUUGCGCCUAUUCGCAAUCAAAAUGUUAAAGAAGAGAGCACCAUUCAGACAUCACGGCACCUGUCAGAUAGUGAAGAUGACAACCAAGACGAUCGAUCACUUCUGUGUGUCCGAGAUAAAAACGAGGUCUAUGCAGAUCAUCCAGAAAAAAGACGGAAGCGCGGUUCUUUGUUCUUUCGUAAAAAGAAAGACAAGUCCAAGACGAAGGGUCAAUCAACUAAUUGUGAUGCUUGUGGUGCUGUAAUUAAUCUGGCCACAUACAAAGAACAUGCAAUUGAGUGCAAAGCGAAAAUUGCAAAGAGCCAACAAAGCACAAAAAGCUCAGGGAAGAAAAACUCAACCAGCAGCCAUGCAUCCUCGCACCAUCACCAUCACGAUGACUCGGGCCGAGAUUACUAUGAUGGACAUUCACACAAUGAUCAUAUUAAUUACUCGGACGAUACUCCGCUAAUUCGGAAUGAAUUCCUCAACGAGCCACAUAUAACUGCACAAAGUUUGAGUGACGAUCCAAUAUUGGGAAUGGCUAACGAAGAUGAACACGACAGCUGGAGUCCUAAAGUGGGAAAGGAUGUGUUGAAAUCGCUGAAUACCAAAGAGGUUAAACGUCAGGAGCACAUCUACGAAUUGAUAAUAACCGAGAAGCGGCAUUGUCAAACACUUCUAUUGAUGCAGAAAGUGUUUGCUGAGAGUCUUGAAAGGCAUUUUAGUCAUGUUAACCUAGAGCGACUAUUUCCUAGAUUAAAAGACUUGACUGAUAUUCAUACAGGGUUUCUGAAAAAGUUGCGAAGGAAACAGAACGAAGAUAUUGUUGUUGAUAGUGUGGCUGAUAUUUUGUUAGACUUUUUUUCGGGAUCAUCUGCGCAAAGAUUGAAGAGUGUUUACGGUGAUUUAUGUGCCAACCACCCAUCAGCCGUUAGCUUAUUCAAAUCCUUUCAAGAGGAUCGGUCGUUCGUCGAAUGGCACAAACAUAAGCAAACGAAUCCACUGUUGAAAAGGAAAGGCAUACCCGAAUGUACUUUAUUUGUCGUUCAUCGACUCACCAAGUAUCCGAUCCUGAUUGAAGAUCAAUUGAAGUUAACAAAAGAUCGAGAGAAAUACAAAGUUGAAUACGACAAAUUGUUCAAAGCGUGCACUUUGAUCAAAGAGAUAUUGCUCGAUGUGAACUCAAGGGUAGCAGAAAAGCAGAACGAAGCUCGCCAUCUCGCCAUAUACCGGGAAAUCGAUGUUAAGUCCUGUACAUUGUAUAAGCAAAAGAAAUUCAGCAAAUCGGAUGUCAUACAAACGGGAACGAGAAAAUUGAAAUUUGAAGGAACGGCUACACUAAUGCAAGGCCGAUCAAAAAUGCAAACUGUGAAUGUGGUUGUACUAACCGAUUGCUUGUUUUUCUUGCAAGAAAAUUCCAAUUCCACUCAGCGGGCCAAAUACACAUUUUUCACGCCAGAAAAUAAGGCCGGUGUUGUGCCCCUACAAAAGCUGCUAAUUAGGGACAAAGCCGGAACAGAAUCCCGCGGAAUUUACAUCAUCUCUUCGAAUCCAGCAUACCCAGAAAUGUAUGAAUUGAAGGUGAUAAACCCGAAAGACCGUAACUCGUGGAUUCAAUCCAUUCGAGCUGCGGUGCUAAACUGUCCAUCCGAUGAAAACGAUUCCGACGAAUACCUCACCGCCGAGCAGAAGCAAAUGAUUUUAGAUGCUAAGCAUCUGAGUAUAAGGGAUCUCAUAACUGCAGGAAGUAGUGAAAUGCAAGAUAAAAUGCGACAAAAAGACUUCGAACAAGCGAUUAUAUUGGAAGAGAAAAUUGCGCUACAGGCCCGUCUUCUAAUCGAAUCGAGUGGUGCCGAUACAGUUAUGGAACCAGAAAGCAUUGAAGCAUUUUUAUCUAGUUUCGGAACGUACAAGGAAUUGAUUACCGACGACUGUGAUACUGUCGAAAUAUUGAAACGAGUCUAUCUUACCAUACAAGAAAUCAGUCAAUUAGCGUCGAAUUUAUACAAAUCAGCAACGGGCUUUGAUCUGCCGGUGCGGUCGUUCAGUUCAAUUGGUGAACGACAAAGUGAGGCUUAUCAGUCGCCAAAGCUACCAACGCGAGCUGAAACGUUCGGUGGAUUUGAUGAGAAAAAGGGCAAGGCUAACCCACCGUGGCGGGACGCUGUAAUUUCAACAAUAAAUAAUACUAUAAGUAUCCACAAAGACAAUCAAGAGAAAAGGGAUUCAUAUUCUUCUGAGACUGACACUAUACUAUCUGCACAAAGCAAUCACACUCGACUAAGUCAAGAUCUCAACUACGAAGCGCUGCAAGUGUCUCAUCACUUGCACACACUACUCUGCAUAAUUAACCAACAAAUGACAACCAUUUCAAGUUUACAAGUACAGGUCAAUGCGACCCGUGAAAAUCCGAAAACAUUGUACCGCCACAAUGAUCAAUUGGAGGAGCUUCGAAAUUUGCAAGACAAAUUGCAAGAAGAGAAAACCGUUUGGUUGAAGCAGAAAGAAUCGCAAGAAAAGGAAUUGGAUGAGCGCCGAAUGAAACAAGAGGCUUUGCAGAGACAAAUUCGAGCUGAACAGGAAGACAUCAAACAGCAACGCGAACAACUGUUUAGAACAAUGGAGAGAUUGACCAGUCAGGGUGUUAUACUGUCACCAAACGUACCGAUUCCGACUGGAAUUACAAGUGAUGACAUCUUGCAUGCCGGUAGUGAUGAUCAUCAUAUCACUACUACCGAUGGUACAGGUACAAGUGAUCGUCGAAAGGAUAAAUACCGAUCGACCAUGUCCAAAACUCCACCAGCAAAUUUGCUAAGCGCAACAAAUGCACCAAAAUUAAAUCCAGCUAGUGUUAAGCAACAAUUACCUUUGAAACUCUCAUCACUAUCAAGCACAAAGUCUGAAAAGACUGCAACCAGCAAUAGUAGUAAUACACUUCCAUCACCAGUCGCUUCUAGUGGUGGAGUAAUUCAAAUGUUACCACUAAAACUAGCCGAUAAAAAAAACCACCAAAACAUAACGCCAAACCAUACACGAACCGGUAGUAGUCCGGCUGUCAUUCAACAAUUGAACCCAACUCAUACAGGAAACCCAGCCAUAAGAACUAACACCUACCCGAAAAUACCGGAACGAUUUCGUUUACGCAGCAGCGACGGUUCCAUACAACACCAACAGCAAACGUUACCACACAAUUCUGGUCAGUCGCAACAACGAAGCAUUUCAGUGUAUGGCACAUCGACAACAUCAACAGUAACAAAACCAUUGACACCACCAGCAAAUCUUAAUUUACCGCAAGCGGCACCACGUAGCAAAGAUGAUAAAAGCAAUGAGAAUCAAGAAGAAAUUUACUUUUGAUAUUUACCGGUUGAAGUGGAGAUUUAAAGUGGUGACGCUUGCGCAAUUUGACUACACACUGGUGGGUAACGAAAUUGAGAGCGGAGAGAAUUAAAAGUUAAUUUUCGAUUUAUGCAUUUAUCGCAUCGUACUUCGUAAUCAUAAUUAAUUGUACAAAUUUGUUUAGAAUUUUCCUUUUCUUUUUGUUUGUUUGUUUGUUGGUAGUAUUGUAAAGCAAUCUCGCAUUUUUCGCGUUUUUAUUAUUUCUAUUUCAAUUAAACUUCUGUCGUUUAGUUUACAAAGUUACAUGAAAGUCUAUCAAGUUUGCGUUUUUAUUUUUCGUAAAUAAACACAACUAGACUAGUGACUCUUGAGGACACUCAAAGAAAAUGGAUCAACUGUUUAGCAUUUCACGAAUCCAUACACACAUUUUCGUCUCAAAAGUUGAAAGUAAAAAGAAACUGAAACUGAAUUUCGACAACGAUGAAAACUAUUAGAAGAAAACUGCAUUUAUAUUGGAGGCAUUGCUCUCUCACACUGAACUGAAAUUGAUUUAAUUGCUGAAUUUUCCAUACUGAGUCCAGCAUUCCGCCAAUUAUUUUUUUUCGAAUUUCA